CUCUCCUGUUUUUGGGAGGAAAUCUUCUAUAAAACCGAGCAUGUCAGCACUGAGUCGUCUCACAGGAAGUGCUGAAGUCAGCUCAGGCCAGGUGUGGACUCACUGAUUUGUAUUUGGACUCAUGUGAAACUGAGCAGAAGCGGAACCAUGUCUGAGACCCUCCAGCUGCCCGCAUUGCAGAUCCAGGGUCCGGAGUGCAAUGGCUCCGAGAUGGAUCCGAACCUCUCCAGCUCCUCCAGCCCGGCUCUCCGGCGCAAGCGCUUUAAAAUGCGCAGGAUGAAGAACGUCAUGAGCGAAAAGGAGCAACUGGAGAAGGAGCAACUUCAGCGUUCAGGCUCCAAGGAGUACCUGCAGCUUCCGUCCAUUGAGAUCACGCCAUCCAGCGACGAGGACGCGGCCUGGUCCAGCUGCUCCACACCCAGCGCUUCACCCCAGCGCAGACGCUUCCUCCUGCGCAAGUGGCUGAGGGGAGGAGAGAAGAAAGAGCACGGCAGUGAGAGCAGCAGUCAGCAGAGCAGCCUGCAGAGCAGCCAUGAGGAAGAGUCCACACGCUACCUGAGUCCCAACGCACGUGAGGACAGCACUGCCAGUAACUCGAACCGCAGCACGCCGGCCUGCUCACCCGUCCUGCGUAAACGCUCGCGCUCCCCAACGCCCCAGAGUCCAGAGGGAGAGAACAUGGUGGAGAAGGGUUCGGAUCACUCCUCAGAUAAAUCCCCCUCCACCCCAGAGCCAGCCGUCCAGCGCACAUACAGCCAGUCGCUUCACACCACCCGCACCGGAGGGAAAAACUCCAAGUCACACAAGAGACUGUCUAAAAAAAGCCAAAGCUGGUAUAACGUUUUGAGCCCCACAUACAAGCAGCGAAAUGAAGACUUCAGGAAGCUCUUUAAGCAGCUGCCCGACACAGAGCGCCUCAUUGUGGACUACUCCUGUGCCCUGCAGAGAGAUAUCCUCCUGCAGGGUCGCCUCUACCUCUCUGAAAACUGGAUCUGUUUUUAUAGCAACAUAUUUCGCUGGGAAACGCUGCUGACGGUGAGGUUGAAAGAUGUUUGCUCCAUGACGAAGGAGAAGACAGCUAGACUCAUUCCCAAUGCAAUCCAGCUGUGCACGGACAAUGAAAAGCACUUUUUUACCUCAUUCGGGGCGAGAGAUCGGACUUACAUGAUGAUGUUCAGGCUUUGGCAAAAUGCUCUGCUGGACAAGCCAUUGUGUCCCAAAGAGCUGUGGCAUUUUGUCCAUCAGUGUUAUGGGAAUGAGCUGGGUCUGACCAGUGAUGAUGAGGAUUAUGUACCACCUGAUGACGACUUCAACACCAUGGGGUACUGUGAGGAAAUUCCUGCUGAAGACAAUGAGGCCAAUGACAACUGCCCCAAAACCCCUGAUGCCAAGAUGGACAUCAGUCCCCAGCUCCACCGGAAGGUGUUUCCCAACAGCAGCCUGAACUCCACAGACAGCACUGAUGCUCCGCUCAAUUUUGAUGUGCCCCCAGUGGAGGACUUUACUAACUGCAUCCCAGAAGACCUCCUGCCCCUGACCUUACCUGAUAAUAAGCUGUCAGAGACUGGUGGCUCCGCCCAUGUCCCCGUCCCCUCACCCUCGCUUGAUUUCAAUGAUAAUGAGGAUCUCCCCACUGAACUCAGCGACUCCUCAGAAACACACGAUGAGGCUGGGGAAGUUCAGGCCUUCCAGGAAGAUCUGAAUGGGAAAUUGUACAUUAAUGAAGUGUAUAAGUUCAGUGUGGAUAAACUGCACGACAUCCUGUUCACUGAAUCACAGUUCAUGAGGGAGUUUCUGGAGCAGAGACGCUUCUCAGAUGUGGUGUAUCACCCAUGGAAGAAAGAGGACACUGGUAACCAGACUAGAGAGAUCAUGUACACCAUCUCCCUCUCCAACCCACUGGCCCCAAAAACAGCCACAGUAACAGAGACGCAGACUUUGCACAAGGCCAGUCAAGUGAGCGAGUGCUACAUCAUUGACGCUGAGGUCAUUGCUCACGAUGUCCCGUAUCACGACUAUUUUUAUACGCUCAACCGCUACAUGCUUACUAGAGUCGCAAGGAACAAGUGCCGCCUGAGAGUGUCAGCUGAACUGCGCUACAGGAAGCAGCCGUGGGGAUUAGUUAAGGGCUUCAUUGAGAGAAACUUCUGGAGUGGCCUGGAUGAAUAUUUUAGGUAUUUAGAGCUGGAGCUGAAUAAGGUACAGCUGGUGCUAUCUGAACAGUCUCCCAAAUCCAAAGCGUUACGCACAGCUACAGUUAGGCGGAGGAAGCGACCCCUGACGCACAUGAGGCCGCAGCAUAUGGAUGAGGCCCUCAGCCCCGUCACCACACCUGAGGAUGAGAAGAGCGUCAUCCAGCGCAUCAAACAUGUGGCAGGAUCCACACAGACCAGACAUAUGCCAGACCACGCGUCUGAAGGCCUGGCUCUCUACAGCGUUUCCAAACUCCUGCUCAUCAUCAGCUCUGUUCUGGUGCUGCUGGUCUUUUUGAACUUGAUGCUGUUUUAUAAGUUAUGGAUGCUGGAAUACACGGCUCAGAGUUUGGCCUCCUGGCAGGGUCUCAGGUCUCAUGAAAGUAAACUUCCACAAACACAGAUUGAAUGGGCUCAGCUUUUGGAGUCUCAGCAGCGUUACCAUGAAAGUGAGCUGGAAAAAUGGAGGGAAAUAAUCAAGUCAUCUGUGCUUUUAUUAGAUGAGAUGAGGGAGUCUCUAAUGAAGCUGCAGAAAGGUAUCGGGUUAAGAGACUAUGAUUCAGACAGUGAAGAAAGGAGAAGUCACUAUCACUGACGAAUAGAGUCCCGGCUCAGCAAAUCUACAUGUACACAAUCAGAUGAGCUGAGCCGGGCAGACGGGGCUCGGUAAGUCAACGGUUCUGAUGGCAAACACUGAACGUCCUCACUUUCUGGAUCUUUCAGAAUAAUCAGUGCGAUAAGAGAGCGGAAAAAUGAAGGAAUGCAAUCUGAGUCUCGCAAUUGUGAAAAUCCCGUCUUUUCACCCAGGGCUAAACAAACAACAACAACAAACCAAAACUAUUGAACUGUCUCUGCAAAAUGGACACAGACUCUCUGGUUUAAACACUCGGAAAACUUGAGCGGAUGUUGGAACUGCACAGCAUCCCAUUUUUUUGUUUUGUUUUUAAAACCUUUUGGAGUCUGGGACCACAUCAAGAAAAUAUGAAGUCGCUAUCAGCAAGUGUUACGUGGACAUAUACAUAUUUAUUUAUAAAAGUGAAAUUGAAUGAUAUUAACUAUAUGAUUUCUAUGUAGAGCUAUAUUUGUUGCCAGCGUUCAUUUGUAACAGGCUUCCAUGGAGAAUCGAGGCUAGAUCCUUGAUAGCUUGCGCCAUGGUGCAUCAAACUAUAUGCAACUGGUUUAUCCUCCCCUCUUAGGAGGAAUGACUUCUGAUUGGUUGAUUUGGAGUGAUAAAAGAGCCAGAGUUACUCAAGUUUAAUAGCAGAAUCGUCUACUGAGCAUCUUGGCUGCAUUCCAGUUUCCAUGCUACUAUGCUAAUAAAUUAAAUGAAAUAAUUACAUACUUAUAAACCAUAGUUUAAGACAUGAAUACUCAAUUUUGAGCAUGCAGCCUUUCACAGUAUGCUAAAGGCGGAUUUACACUUCUGUGUCGAGUGAUCGGCGUUGACCCACGGUGCCUUCUGAAACGCUAGCUGGCAGAAGGUGUUUAUGUUCCUCUGUGUUGAGUUUCUUUGCGAGUGUUUUGUUUGUUCUGAACGCUACCUUAAUGUACAAGUAGCUAAAUCUCGCUCAUUCAGAGGCGGGAACCGGCGGACGUGCAACAACUUUAAUCAUGAGGUAAACACAAAACAAAAGUUUCCAUCUGGAGCUCCUUGACAGGACUCGACACUUGUAAACACCAGUGUUGCCAAUUAUUUUCAAUUAAAAAAAGUUGCUAAAUGUUGCCAGAUUACAUCAUAUGUCAAUUUGCAUAUUACUGACGUCAUCACGUUCAACGCUUUAUGCAUGUAUGUCAGUUUAAUUAAAUUUAUUGCUGUUUGAUAACAGUAUAUCAAUAUAGAUGUGUAGUGAAUUUGCAGUCAUUUCUCAGAUGUAAUAAACUCAAGUUCCCAAAAUAUCUGUGAUUGUGAACAAGAAAAGAAUAAAGGUCAAAAUAAUUUGUUACAUUUAAAACAAAGAAGAUUAGAUCGGUUUGACUGUACAAGGGAAAUACCUCACACUUGCGGUGCUAAAUCAUCUGCCAUAGGUACAGAGAGGGGUGAUCUGAUCUCAGGCGGCUCUCAGGCGGGUGGGAGAGACUGCUGUAUGAGGAACAUCACCCGCAGCUCAUUGAGAACAGUAGGAAUGAUACAGUACGGACACAUGAGAGUCUAUAAAAAUUUCCGGUAACAUCAAAAAGAGUCACUAGAUUUGUCGCUAGUCGCUUUUUUGAAAAUUUGUCGCUAAGUGGGUCUGAAAAGUCACUAAAUACAGCAACACUGGUAAACACUCGCUCCAACGGGCAACGCCACACUCGUCACAGCUAGCAAGCCAACCAAUCACAGAGCUUGUGUCAUUGCAACGUGUAGUUACAUUUUUUGAAAGGUGCGCAUUAGCGUCAGCCACGGCGAUAGGUAUGCGACCUCUCGAAGGCUGCUCCGGGCCAUUCGGGUGCUCUCUCUUCAGAAAUAUAAAUCAGCUUUAAGCACAGAUGGUUUCAUUAGUGAACACUGUCUAACCAACUUAUUUUUUAUUUAUUUAUUUUUGGCAGUGUUCAAAUCAAAUCAUUAACUGUCCUAGUACAACUUUGAUGCAUAAGUUAGGCUAUAUUUUUAUAUUAUUGUAUUAUUGCCUUGGUUGUAAUAUUGCCUGGUUUAUACUGCUGUGGAGUGAUCAGCAAGCCCCCAGUGCAUGUCUUGCACGUUGCCAUGCAUUUAUACUUCUGCAUGCUGUUUGUGUUUCUCUGCAAUAACACUUCCAAAACACUAGCUGUCGAGUUUCUUCGCUGGUGUUUUGUUUUUUCUGAAUGCUACCUUAAUGUACAGGUAGCUCAAACUCGCUCAUUCAGAGGCGGGAACUGGCCACAACUCAUGAGGUAAACACAAAACAAACUCGUCAGCGCUACCAAGCUAACCAAUCACAGAGCUAGCGCUAAACGUCGUUGCAACAUGUAGUUACAUUUGUUAAGAGGUGCUCAUCAGCGUCGGCAAUGGGUAUGCGACUGUGCUGCAGCAUACGCUUGCGCUUGACACAGAAGUAUAAAUCAGCCUUAAUACUUUUAUAUAUCCUGUAUUUUACCAGGAUAGUCCUAUCGUAGCCAAUGAGUUCUAACUACAAACAACAAAACUAGCUAAGCUUAACAAAACUAGCUGUACUAACGCUGUCAGAUGAAGCCUAAUGGCCGACCAUUGGUGUGUCCCGGCGCUAAAAAUUCUAAUUCAAGGUUGAUUUCUCUAAAGUGCUGUGGUGCUCUCAGGUUGACACAGCAACAUUAGCUGAACUAAUAGUGUGAGUUUGGGGCGGGACUUUUAGUUUGGCUGACCAAUGAUGGAUGCUAAUCUAUACUAAUAGAUUGAGUGUCAUCAUCCCAAAAUCUGUGGCCUUUUUAAAUGGGUGUUUAGUUUAAGCCAAGUUUUGUGCUUAGCACAAGCUUAACAUAUUUAUAUAUUUAUUGUUGUUAUAUUAAAGCCGGCGGUGGCUCAGUGGUUAGCACUGUAGCCUCACAGCA